GUGAUCGACUAUCAAUUGUUCGCCGAAUCGACGUUGAUUUAAUUUGUAGUGGUGUUUCAACUUGAUAUGUACAUUUCUUUGAGAAUAAUUCUUCUAUACUUCUUCUUUUCAUCGGGCAUAAUACUAAAAUCCAAAGUUGCUGAGGUUACAGUAAAAAUACACGAGAGACGCUUGCUACCUUGCUCUGAGUCCAGUGAUCUAGAAAAUGUUGAGCAUAUCGCUUGGUUCCGCUGCUCCACGGCUGAUUGCGAACUAAACUGGAACAAGCUCCGGAUAGCGCAUGUUCAAAAUGUGGAAGAGACAAUUGCCGAUAACCCAAACUUUGACGUUUUCACCAACGGAACCUUACUUAUAAGGAAGGUACUACCAGUGGAUGAUGGGAAAAUGUUUAUUUGUAAAACCCAGAAGACCUUUGAAGGGGUAGGAGGGUCCACCACGAUCCUCAAUAUAAAGAAAGAACCCCCAAAAUUAAUACCAGAGAGUCCUCUGGAGGUUCAUGUCAUUGAAGGAAUGGAUCUUCAUAUGGAUGCUGGAGUUCAGGGUUAUCCUUACCCCUGGGUAUCUUGGAGCCAUAAUGACCUUCUCCUUCAGAAUACUUCGAAUGUCGAUUCACAAACAAGUCUUAAAAUUCGUAACGUCACUGUAUCUAAAGGUGGACUUUACACUUGUUACGCCAAGAAUUCAGCUGGACAUCAUAUCCUCACCUUUAAAGUUUAUGUUGAAGGUCAGGCGGUGAGGACAACUACAGGAUUAGAUAUCCAAACUCCAUCAUCCUCACCAACAUCGGCCUUAGACAUCCAAACUCUGUCAUCUUCAACAACAUCAGGGGGCUCGAGUUUCGCUGAAUGGAAAAUUGCUCUAACAGUGGUCGGUCUUCUAUUGUUUUUGAUGGGAACAAUAGGAAUCUUUUGCAUUCUCAAGAAAAAGAGGAUACCGGCAAAACUACAGUUAUGCAGGCUGUGCCGGAGAUGCAGAUACAUAGUAAAACCGUAACGAACCGUUUUACUUCUAUUUUCCAACUUUUUCGGAAAAGUCUGACAUGCAUUUUUUUACCCGUCUAUAUUAAGUAAUCUGUUCAUUAGCUCUCGUCAAGAGAUUUUGAACUAUUUGUAUUCUCUGUCCUUGUCUUACAUUAUCCAUUUUCACUAAGGAAAAUACAAAUAAUGUGCAAAUUAGGUGUAAAUAUGAAUGGAUAAUUGGGCUUAGUGGACUGCAGUUUCUAUUGGUAAUUGAACUGAGUGGAGUGCAGUUUGGUCUGAAAUCAUCGGUGUGAUUUCAUAAACUCGCAGCGCGAGUUUGAUUGAAAUCACAAGAAUGAUUUCAUAUCAAAAUUACAAGACACGAAGUUUAAUUACCACUCUAUUACAUCCAUUUUGAAAUAGCAAAAUUCAGCGAGGCAAUACAAGGUAUUUUCAUUCUGUUCAAAUAUUUUAUUGAUCCAGUAUAUUGAGCCGGUUUAUAAAAAGUUGCAAAAGGUGUCAUUUUCUCGCGAUUUGAUUGAUUUUUUUGAACAGGCCUUGAAAUUUGAUUGAUCGUCAUGUUUUAGUAAAGCUGGGGAAAAAAUGCCAUUAAGAGCAUAAAAUGAUGUAAUUUGAUAAAAAAAAAUUACACUGGAAAGAGCCAAACAGAUUGCAAGGAUCACAAGUGAUUUGAAAAUGGAUGCAAUAAAGGCUGCAAUUGGGCGAGGAGUUUCAAAUUGGACAAGCGCAUAGCGCGAGGCUAAUUAGAAAUCACGAGCACGAUUAACCCUAAUUUGAGCGAGAACAGAUGAAAUCGAACUGAUAGGACUUGAAAAAGCCAUAUUAGGGAGUGUUAGGAACCACUAAGAGAACAUCAGUU